UAAACACAAUUAUAUUUUCUAUAGAAUAUCUGUUCAGUGUAUCUGUUAUUUUAUAAAUGUAAAAUAUCGCCGCCAGUUGAAACUGUCUAACCGCGAACACCCCCAUUUGGUAGCUGGGUUGGAUUUUUCCAAUUAGGCUGAAAAAGCCGCAGGAGGCCGCGUUCCGGAUCCUAGUGCCGGGUGGAGCCUCAAGUGUUUCCCGCGGAAAGAGUUUUAUGUGUGGCAAAGAGCGAUUAAUUUAUUCAACUAUUUUUAAACUGUUUUAGAAAUGGAGAUUCAGAAGCAAAAGAACGGAUGUCAGAUGUCAAAUGCAUUGAAACUGUCGAACGGAUUCAUUUUACCCGAAGGCAAAAUGACGCCGAACACGCUCUUCGUCGGUGGCUUCGACAUGAAGGUGGAUGAGAACGAAAUCAAGGACUUCUUUGCUACGUACGGCCUGGUUAAGGAGGUGAAGAUUAUCACAUACCGCGGGGGGAUAUGCAAAGGAUAUGGAUUUGUGUCUUUCAAUGAAGAUGUGGACAUUCAGACAAUCAUUGAACAACAGCUGAGUUUUAAAGGGAGGAAACUGAAGCUCGGUCCAGCCAUUAUGAAGGAGCGCAGCUCACGCUCGAUCCAGUCCCAGCUGGUAGGCCCCGCCCCCUGGGUGGGCCCGACCCAGUACAUGUACUGCAGCUGCUGCCCCCCACCAGCAGGGGGUUCCCCCCAAUCCUCCACCCUGCUGAAUGGAGGUGUGCAGUACAUACAGCCUUACUCCUACUCCAGCAUCCCCAGUGUCUUCAUCCCGCAGAUGCCCAUGAGCUACUCACAGGCUGCCUACACCUACCAGUACGCUUCCCCUCACUGGUCAGGAGAACAGAGGACACGGCUCGUCAAUCAGAACUUUGUGGACUGUGGGGUGCAGACGCUGCUGACUCUCCUGUAGCUGCCUGGUGGUGUUAAGCAGCAGCGGCUCGAGAGCGCACGUCCUGAAGAAGAGAAGCUGAGACUUUGUGCAGCGGGACCUUCCAGGUCCACUCAGAACAUUUUAAAGCCGUGGGCAGGAAGUGGGGGAGGGUGGACACAGGAAGUGCCCCGAUCUCCACAGGAAGUGCCCCAAUCUCCACAGGAAGUGCCCUGGACUACACAUGGAACCCUGGACCUCUACCUGGUCCGACUCUUUUAAAAAGCGCUUGACGUUAAACCAUCUCAGGGGGUAAAUGAUGAUGAUGAUGAUAAUAAUUAAAAAACAAAAAAAAAAAGUUUGAUUUCUCAUCUCCCUCUGUGGAUUUAUGGUGGGAGUUCAUUUUCCUUUGAUUAAUUUCCUCCUGUGCCAGAAAGCCUUUUAAAGAAAGCUCACCUGUGGUAUUUAUUUUGAUUUAUAUUUUGUGUGUGAUUAUUUUAAAUGUUUUUUCACCUGAGUGCCCUCUGCUUCGUUUGUUGUGCAUGAGCUAGCAGCCAGUAACAAAGCUCUUGGUGUGUUUUUGCAUCGUUAGUUCUGUGCUUUCUUUUGUGUAUUAAUUGGGAAUCCAGUCUUUAGUAAGUUUACCCCAGUAAAAAAAUCAAAUGUGUGAAGUGAUGUGGGCUACUUUUACUAAUGUUCUUUGUCUUGGGUUCGAGGCGCAAGGCCCUGUGCACCUCUGUGUGAAUCUGUUGGGUAAAUACUAACAAGUAACCGUCCAAAGAGGCUUUGCUUUGGAGCGCACGUUCUAUUUAACUGAUAUCACUGAAAAUGUCAUUAAUUUUGUGGCAGAUUUUAUUUAUUUUUAUCUUUAAGGUGGUGACCGACGGAGCAGGAAGAUUCUUCCUGUUCUGGAGGGUAGAUCACUGAAGUUCUCACUGUUUUUGUUCAAGUUUUUUUAAUUAUUUUUUUUAUUUUUACGGGGUUUGGUUUUGCACGCCUCACAGAAAUUAUGAGCCGUUGUACCCAAAGUCCAAUCAUUGCACCGGUGUCACUGGCAGUGGCUUUUCCUGUGUCCUAGUGAGAAGGACGCAAUACUACAGCGUUUCACUUUUGUUCACUUUUUCUUAUUUAAAAACAAAAAACAAACCAAACAGUUUUGGCUUGCACCAUCUGUUCCGUUUGAAAAGGUUUUGUUUGGUUUUGUUCACAUGUUGAAGUUGCACUUAAAAGCUGUUCACUUUUUCAGAGUCGUUUAAACGAGGUGUGAUGUGUCACUUUGGGGACUGUUCAGUCGGGGGUCUUUGGGUUUGUUUUUGUAUUUUUGUGUACGGGAGAAAAGCUUUUGUGAGUUGAAGUUGAAGUUAAAGCUUUAGAUGCAGCCUUAGCGUUUCCUCUGUUCUCGUCCUGGACCUGCAGUGCUCUUUCUCCGCGGUGGCGUUGCCGUGGGGUCCGCUGGCUGAUCGCUCGGGUCCGGGCCGCGGUGCUCACCUGAGAACACGCGCCAAACCGCCUUUUCCUUUUUUUGCUAGAUGUGCAUAUUCUUCUGCCGCAAUUUGGCUGCAGAUUUUCAUUUCUCGGAAGCCCAGAAUCCCGCCCCCCCCGUCCUGUGGCACUGUGGGUGCUGUGAGUGCGAGGCGGGGGGCGGGAUCGGGCGAGGCUUGAUUGACAGCCAGAUUUCGGCGUGUCUGAUUUGAAGAGAGCAGAGAGCAGGUAAUCACUUGAGUUUUUGAGGUUUGGUUUUGUUUUUGUUGUGGUGUUACCGGUGAAUAACGGUUGAAGUUUGUGUUUCUGGUGUUCUGUUUGUUGCAUUUUUUGUUUGUUUGUUUGUUUGUUUAAUAAGAAAUAAAGUUUGUUUGCACAGCU